AGAAUGGAAUAAACGCAAUGUGGGAUGCUAAAGGUAAAGGUUUACCUCUCGUGAUGUAGAUGGAGUUGUGUUAGAGUUCAUGAGGGGGAGGUUCGACUCUGUGAGGAGAUGCGCCACUGACUUUCUUCCAUUACGCGCCGUCAAUGCGCAGCUCUUUUUCACGCGCAAAGCGCACCAUCACUUUCCCGUCCUGUAUGAUCUGACACUGUUCUGUAUGUACUGUACUGAUGUGUCUGAACGUCUGGACACCAGGACAUGCGAGAAUAAUCAUGGAAACGUAGGAGCUCUUGCUUUAAAAACAAGACACGAAUGGGGUACUGUGAAGACAGACUGCGGUUCAAGAUAUCUGAUGGGAGAUGUGUGCCACCAGCAAGACCGUCUUGACCAGUGACCGUUAAGACUACCAGUACAUCCACUCACCCAUCUGAAGUUCACCCACGGCCCUCGACUCACCCGUCCAGCUUCUCUUUCGCAUCAUCUCCCUCACAAGAGUCGCUAGAAUGACAAAUUCACACAUCUUCACCCAUUACAAUUACACCGGCAGGCUGAACCAUCGCAACACCGCCAAAGACGGGAGUCCUACGGACCCAAAGACGGCUGUGUUUUUGGUCAUCUGCAGCCUUAUUGUUUUGGAGAACCUGAUCGUUUUGGUGGCCAUUUGGAAGAACCAUAAAUUUCAUAACCGCAUGUAUUUUUUCAUCGCUAACCUGGCUCUGUGCGACCUGCUGGCCGGUGUGGCCUACAUAGUCAAUCUUCUGAUGUCAGGCCAGUGGACGCUGCACCUGUCGCUGACCAAGUGGUUUAUGCGUGAAGGGAGCAUGUUCGUAGCUCUGGGCGCCUCCAUCUUCAGCCUCUUGGCCAUCGCUAUCGAGCGACACCUCACCAUGAUUAAAAUGAGGCCGUACGACGCCAACAAACACUACAGGGUGUUUCUGUUGAUAGGUACGUGUUGGUUGAUCGCCAUCACCCUGGGAGCUCUGCCCAUUUUGGGCUGGAACUGUCUGGGGAACCUUCCGGAGUGCUCCACCAUCUUACCGCUCUACAGCAGAAAGUAUGUGGCGUUCUGCAUCACCGUUUUCAUUUCUCUGCUGUUGGCCAUCUCUGUGCUGUACGCCCGGAUUUACAUCCUGGUCAAGAGCAGCAGCCGCAAAGUCACCAAGCACAGCAACUCGGAGCGCUCCAUGGCCCUCCUCCGAACCGUGUGCAUCGUGGUGGGCGUCUUCAUCGCCUGCUGGACGCCCGUCUUCACGCUCCUCCUCAUCGACGUGGCAUGCGGACACAAGAGUUGCCCCAUCCUCCUGGAAGCCGAUUGGUUCAUUGCCCUGGCCGCUCUGAAUUCCGCCAUGAAUCCGGUGAUUUACACGCUAGCCAGUAGAGAAAUGCGUCGGGCGUUUUAUAAGCUGGUGUGCGGCUGUGUGGUGGACGACGGGGUGGCGGGGUGUAAACAGAACACGGACCCCAGCCGAAGCAAGACCAGUUCAAACUGCCAAAGAGCGGCUGAACCCGACGAGCCGGAAAACCAACCCGUCAGCGCCAACAAGAGUUAAAGACUCAAUAAAGUGCGCACUGCAGCAUUAGUGCAUUCUAUAGUAUGCGCUUUAGAAAGUGCACAUUAAAAACAUUAAUGCAUGCUAAAGUGAACGGGGCUGUAAGCCGUUUGAGUGAUGGACUUGUGAUGUGAGAAGAUCUUUACGACGUCACAUGCCUAACAAAAGUUUAUGAGGAGAUAAAUCAAUACCGCAUGAGUGUUAUAGAAAUUCAUUUCUCUUUUUAGAUCACAAUUCACAGGCGAAAUGAACCUGGAAUGAGCAAAUGAGAUGAAAACCAUUGAAGUUCGUUACCAACCAAACUGUCCAGAUGUAAGAAUUGUGCAAAAACAGUUUGACUUGUAUUUGUGUACUGCUAAGUUUAAUAUCUCUUUUGCCAAGUGUGGAUGCAGUAUGCUAGCAUGCAUUACAUUUUAGUCUGUCUGAUACGCUGCACAGCAAAAUCGCCAGUGUUAAAAAAGGUCAAAUUAACUCUCACGGUGUAUAUAUAAUCCACACUUUGAGGGUGUGGAUUAUAUAUACACGGAGUGUUCAUUUGACCUUUUUAACACUGGCGUUUUUACUGUAUGUAUAUAGAUUGUUGAUUUAUGUUAGAUAUGUAACUUAAUUGUAACAUAUCAAAGGACAGAAAAGAGUUUGGGUAUUUAAAUGAGAUCUAUCUGUCUGUACGGAGUCAUUAUGGGCUGCUGUAGAUGUGUUAUAAGAUUAAAUUCCUAAUGCUUAAUACAAAUGCUGUUUACAGGUCCGUUUAAGUGUUUCACUGGCGCCUCCUGCUGGGCACACGUGUGAAACACCAUCUUAAAUUGAAAUAUAAGAUAUUGUUUGAUUUGGCUUUGAUUUACGCAGAAUAUAUGAAGUGGUGUAGAAGAGAGCAGCAAAAAAUAAAAAUAAUCUAAAAACAAAACCGUUAAAAAAGAGUAGACGGUGUUCUCUGUAAACUUCAGGUUUGAGUAACCAACAAUCCAUACACACAUCUGCUGUUUUAUUGCCACUAUUUAUAAAUAAUAAGUAUAAAACGCAUAGAAGCAAACGGUGAAUCUGUGAGUGUGGUUUGGAGCGUCUUGUGUCUGGAGGCGUUUGACCUUCAUCACAUCAGAGGCAGAAGCUCAAAGCUGAACAGCCGUCAGAUCAGACGUCCUGUGAGCAGAGAACAACACACCAGCAUAAAUAAAAACUAUUUAAAACAUAUUUUGGAACGACAGAUUUAAACUGUGAAUUAAUUUCAAACAUUAUGGGGUGGUUUCUCAGACAGGGACUAAAAUAAAGAGAGCCGUCCAAACUGAAAACUUUAUCUCUUUAUCUGUCGGAGAAAGGGAUGAAGAUACCAUUAUUUUUAAAUGAUCUUUAUAGAGUAUGAUUAUAAUAUGAUUGUACAAGUAAUAUGUUUGGUGGAAACCUGCUAUAAUUUAACUUUAACUAUAUAAACUGAAAACAAUCCAACUAGAGAAACUAAAAUUCUUUGAUUUUACAGACUAGACAAUCAAUCUUGUUCUUGUCAAAUUUAGGGUGAAACUUGUU